CUCUUGAACGCGCCACAUUCCAAUCUAAACAACAGUUAAUAGAAUUUAAUUAGUGAGAGGUUUGUUGAUUGAAAUCUAAUAAAAUUUUGUUGCUAUUUCCGUGGAGUUUUGUUUGAUGAUGGCGGCCAUGGAAGUUGAUGAUGCCACGGAUAUUAAACUAGAUUCCCUUCAAGAAGAGUAUGGCUUCAUCAACUAUUAUAAGUCCUUACCAGAGAAAUUGGCUUCAACUGUUCGAUUUUUUGACAGAAGUGAUUACUGGACGGUUCAUGGCAGUGAUGCAUUGUUUGUGGCCAAUGAAAUCUUCAAGACCAUCACAGCUAUCAAAUAUUUAUCAUCAGGCAACAAGACUUUAGAGUAUGUUGUAGUGAAGAGAGGAAAUUUCGAAUCAGUGAUUAGGGACCUGCUACUCGUCAAGCAGUACAGAAUUGAGGUUUACAAGUCAAAAAGUUUGAAAACUCAAGAGUGGGUUCUAUCUUACAAGGCCUCACCAGGCAAUUUGAGUCAAUUUGAGGAUCUGUUGUUUGGUGGCUCGAGUGACGAGUCAGCCAGAUGUGGUCUCAUAUCAAUCAAAUCAAGCAAGAUUGCCGAUCAGAAUGUGGUGGGGAUUGCAUUUUGCGACGUGGCAGCCUGUAAAUUUGUAGUCUGCCAGCUGGUUGAUGACGACCGACACGGUAAUGUCGAGUCAGUCGUUGUACAGUUGAGGCCAAGGGAGUGUCUUCUGUGUGAAGGCUUUGCUGGUUCUGUUGGCGGGGCAGGUGAUGAAAGUUUGCAGGCUGUUCUGCAAAGGAAUGGCGUAACUGUUACUGAGAGGAAGAAAAGUGAUUUUGAGAGUAGUGGCAUUGCACUUGACAUGAAUAGACUUUUAAAGUUCCCUAAAUCAUCUCAAAACCCAACUUUCGCCACAUACUCUGAGGCCAACUUGACGGUGGCAUUGUCGUCUCUUAGUGCUUCGAUAAAAUAUCUUGAUUUACUAUCAGACGCAAGUUACUUCAAUCAGUUCCACAUCUCGACAUUUCAGUUUGGAAAUUUUGUAAAGUUGGAUGGUGCUGCUAGCAGAGCCUUAAAUCUCUUACCCUCUCCACAAGAUGGCCCAGGUUCUCAUAGAAGCAUGUUCACUUUGCUGAACAGAUGCAGAACUCACGUUGGCCAAAAACUCCUGUCAAGCUGGAUCCAUCAACCCCUCGUUGAUCCCAAUCAAAUUGACGAUCGUCUAGACAUACUGCAACGUCUGAUAGACAAUUCAGAGUUGAGAGCCUGUCUACAUGAUGACCUCCUCAGACGUACUCCAGACUUACAAAUGGCUGCCCGAAAACUUCAAUCCAAGAAGGCUGGUCUCAUGGAAUGCUACAAAAUAUACAAGGUGGUCGAAGUUUUGCCUAAAUUUGUUGAAGUUUUAGGAAGAUGUGAAGAAGAGGAUGAAGAUGGUGGAAUGGUAAAUAAGAGAUGUGCUAAGUGGAGAGAGUUAUUUGUGGAUCCUAUGAAGGAGUUGAUUAGUGACUUCGGCAAAUUCAAAGAAAUGGUUGAAACGACAUUGGACCUCGAGAAAGUUGACGACAACGAGUUCCUUGUCAAAUCAGAUUUUGAUGAAUCGCUUCAAAGUCUGAGUGAGCAAAUGCUAGAAGUUGAAGGCAAGAUGACAAAAGAAUUCAAUAAGGCCGCCCGCGAUUUAGGUCUUGAGACAAACAAGACGAUAAAGCUGGAGGCCACUACGCAGCUGGGAUACUUUUUUAGAAUCACAAGGAAGGAAGAGAAGUGUCUGCGCGGCAACGAACGCUCCUACCACACUCUCGACACGAACAAGGGUGGCGUGCGAUUUCGAAGCGUGCCUCUUGAAACCCUCAAUGAUAGAUAUCUGUCCCUGAAGGAAGAGUUUGUUGAGCAGCAGAAAGGUGUCGUUGUCGAAAUUGUCUCUGUUGCUUGUGGAUACGUUGAACCACUAUCCAGCUUGAUAGAAUUGAUAGCCCAAAUAGAUGUUUUCGUCUCAUUGGCUGUUGCCUCUUUAGAUGGCCCCUCCCCCUACGUUAGGCCCAAUAUAAUUAGAGAAGGAGUUAGAAAAUUGAAACUUCUUGGAGUUCGACAUCCAUGCCUUGAAAGACAGGAUGGCGUUGCUUUCAUUCCUAAUGACGUCAUCAUGUCUUCCGACGACAAAACCUUUCACAUUGUCACUGGGCCAAACAUGGGAGGAAAAUCAACGUACAUCAGAUCGGCAGCUAUGGUUGUUCUAAUGGCCCAAAUGGGGUGCUUUGUGCCGUGUGACCUUUGUGAAAUGACCUUGGUGGAUGGGGUUGCGACUCGAGUUGGAGCCGGGGACAACCAAUUAAAAGGAGUCUCGACAUUCAUGGCUGAGAUGCUAGAGACUGCAAACAUUCUUAAGUCAGCCACGAAGAAUUCUUUAGUCAUAGUGGAUGAGUUGGGCAGAGGAACAUCAACGUACGAUGGGUUCGGUCUUGCGUGGUCUAUAGCAAAACACAUAGCAGCAGAGUUGGAAUGCUUCUGCCUGUUCGCUACUCACUUCCACGAACUGACCUCAUUGGCAGACGAACUUAGCUGCGUUACUAACUUACACGUCACCGCCGUAACCUCAGAGGAUAAAUUAACUUUGUUGUACAAAGUUGAAAAGGGUGUAUGUGAUCAGAGCUUUGGUAUCCAUGUCGCAGAGAUAGUCCAAUUUCCAAAGCAUGUGGUUGAGAAUGCCAGAAAGCUGGCCAGUGAGAUGGAACAGGCAGCUACGUCGUUCGUUGGAUCCAACAAAUCCAACGAUGGUAUGGAGUUGAAUGAAAAUGGCGAUGAUGAAGAAAAAUUUUUAUCUAAGGUGACUUUGGAAGAAGCAAAAAAUUUUUUAUCGAAAGCCAAGGAAUUAUCAGCGGACUGUACAGAUGAUGUUACUCUCUGGAAUAAAAUACAGGACUUGAAAAAAUCUAUGGUGGAGAACUGCUGUCAGUGAGACAAAUUAACUUGGUACUCUGAAGAUUUUUGUGUAGUAUUUUUUUAUCUGAAAAAAUUAAUGAAGUUACUUGUAUCAUUUUUAAAUUGUUUCAUUUUAAAGAUGGUUUGAAAAUCAAACAAGACUGUAUUUAAAAUUAGUGAUUGCCUAGUUUUUGUAAUAAAAAUAAAAUCCAAUG